AUGACCACCAGUACAGCACCUACUGCGGCCAUGGCGGCCCGCGAAGCGCGCGAAGAGGCUCUCUGGCUCAGCAAACCGACCAAUUCGAGACUGAUCCAGCCCCCCGCGCCCAGUGCUUUUCAUGCAGCCGGAGAAGGUCCGAGCUCUACUUCCCCCCCGCCCACCUUGGAGGAAUACGUAAGACGCCGGCAAUGGGCUGGCAAAAACACGGAGACCCUCCUCGCAUCGCCUGGCCUCCGUGUCCUGUCCCACCUCCUCUCCUAUCCCCUCACCCUCGCCCACUACCUUCCGUCCCUCCACGGGUCAGACACUUCUUCUGCCAAGGCGGGCUCCCCGGGGGAGGUGUGUCACGUGGCCAUUAUCGGAGCGCGGGCAGAGGCCACGCUCCCCGAUGCAUGGUGGCAGGAAGUGCUGUGCCUGCAGCCAGGGCUCUUCUGCCUCCACAUGGUGGGACCGGAGGUGUACGACCCCGCCACACGAGCCGGGCGGGAGAGCGUGCGACUCGAUCCGCAAAGGCAGCUCUGGAUGCACCGACGCCAGGGAAUGUAUCACGUGCUGGCCCCUGACCUUGUCUCUUCCUUCCGCCUGUCACCGUCCUCGUCGCCUCCCGCCUCGUCUGCGUCCUCCCCGGGCGUAGCGGCUACCCCGGCUCCCACCGCUUCUUCUCUAGACCCCGUGGCACCGUCUCAAGCUUCCGAUGCAAGCCCGGCAGCAGUGAGCGCUGCUGUCUUGUUCAAUCCAGGGUUGGGACACCCGGCAUUGGCAAAGGCGUGGAAGCCGACCUUACAAUGUCUACAAGCUGCGAAAGUGCCCAUUUUAUGGACUGCGCAUUCUGCAGAGGACCGAGACAGGGAUGUGGCCUGGUUAAGUGGAGGGGCUGAGGACAAAGAAAGUGGAUUCGGGGAUUUGCGCGUGGAAUGGCUGGUAGCGCCGGGGCCCAAUCCUUUUGCGUCGCGCAAGUUGGUGGUGGAUCCUUUGAAUGCUCAGCAUGUGUUGGCAGCCAAUAAAUUCGCGGGUACUUUCCGAUGGAGAUAG